UUCGAUGCCUCUAUCGUGCAAGUCUUCGGGACGUUGUCGGCGGGUGGUUGCCUAUGCAUCGCUCCCGACACAGCCUUGAAAGAAGAUUUACCAGGGCUCGUGCGUAGCAUGCAGGUUGAAAUUGUGAAUGUCACGCCCACCGUCGCAAGGCUACUGGUGGACGAGAAGCUGGAGAGUCUGACGGAUGUCAUACUGGGUGGAGAGUCGUUCGGGCCCGAUUUGCGCGAUCGUCUGCUUCGCAACGGCAUACGACGAGUCUCCAACCAUUACGGACCUGCGGAGUGCACUGUCGAGGUUACACGGAACGUCAUGGACGCCCGUUCAGUCGGCAUCGGCAGGAUCCCAUUGGGCAAGGUUUUCGGCGACAACAUCGCGGUUGUCGUUGACGAACAUCUGAGACCAUUGCCCUACGGCGCUACCGGCGAGCUUUGCAUUGGCGGACCGCAAGUCUCUCCGGGUUACCUUAGCCGCGGUGACCUGAACGCCAAAGCCUUUGCGCUUGUCGAGACCACACCCGGUCAUCGCGAACGUGGGUACAGGACCGGAGACAUC